UCCUAGUUUCUGCCUUCAAAAAUUGUGUCUAUAGUGAAAAAAAUUUCAGAAAUCCUACUUUCUAAAAAGCAUAUUUCAGCAUGGCAAUUGGUAUGGGGCAUAUUUUCCGUGCUAAGCAAGUCCUCAGAAGAUCUUCUUCAAUAACAAACAGAGAAUGUGAAGUGCCUAAGGGGCACUUUGCAGUUUAUGUUGGGGAGAGUGAAAAGAGGCGUUUUGUCAUUCCAGUUUCGUACUUGAAGGAUCCUUCAUUCCAAGACUUGCUUAGUCAAGCUGAGGAAGAAUUCGGAUUUGAUCAUCCAACGGGUGGACUCACAAUACCUUGUAUGGAAGAUACCUUCGUUGAAGUCAUCUCUAGUUUGAGAUCUUGAGGGAGACUACAGACAACUUAGUUUAGUGAAGAAAAUUUUUGCAGAGAAGAGUUUUCCUGUACAUUUCAUUUGAAUAGAUUUUUGUUUGCAAUUUUUCAGCAACUUUGGAAA